AUGAAAAACUUGCUGUCGAACAUUUCUUCAUACGGUGUAGUGUGCAGGAAAAUCAGCAAGUCUUCUUCUUCUUGCUUUUCAUCAUCAUCACAACAGUCCCGACAAUAUUCCAAUCGUCUAUUAGAUCAACCCUUUGUUUUGGAACGCUUCUUUGCCAAGUAUGAAUUUUCAUCAAAAUACUUGUUGUGUUCCUCCGAUUGUGAAUCGAUGAGUAUUAAAGAAUUGAUAGGAAAUGAUGAGGAUAAUUUACAGGCACUGUUAAAUUGUCAUUUAGGAUAUACGGAAUCAAAGGGAGAUUACGAAUUGAGAGAUUUAAUUAUUAACACUCACCCACAGUGGUACGAUAAGAGUAAGCUUGGUGCUGCCAAUGUAUUAAUUCACACAGGUGGUGUGGAACCAAUUUUACUGUUUGGAAUGACUUGUUUAGAGAAGGAUGAUCACGUGAUUAUUCAAUCACCUAGAUAUCAAGCACUUUCAGAGUUUUCCCAUGUAGUCAAGACAAGGGUGAGUGCUUGGAAUGCAAAAAAGACGAAAAAUGGUUGGAAUUUUGAUGUGAACGAAUUGGAGAGUUUAAUUCAACCAAAAACUAAGGCCAUUAUUCUUAAUCCAAUCCAUAAUCCAACAGGUCACUUGCAUACAUUGGAGGAAAUUAAUUAUAUUAUAGAAAUUGCAAAAAAGAAGAACUUGUUAAUAUUUUCAGAUGAAGUUUAUCGAGGAUUAGAGUAUAAUGAAACAGAUGCAUCGAUACCAUCACUUUCAUCCUUGUAUUAUAAUGCCAUUUCACUCAAUGUCAUGUCUAAAUCAUAUGGUUUGGCAGGUUUAAGAACGGGAUGGGUGGUUUCACAAAAUUUGCAAUUAUUGGAUUCUCUACUCAAGGGAAAGGAUUUUACAACUAUUUGCAAUCCAGCACCAUCGGAAUGUCUUUCAAAAAUUGCUCUCAAACAAUCAGACCAAAUUCUCACAAAGAAUCGAGAAAUUAUUGCAACGAAUUUCAAAUUGGCUGAAGAGUUUUUCACAAAAAGGGCUAAUCAUAUAUUUGAGUGGAUUCCUCCUCGUGCAGGACCUAUUGGUUACAUUCAUUUCAAAGAUUGGAAGGAGGGAAGUUUCAGAUUUUGUGAAAGAGUGAAUAGAGAUUGUGGAGUUUUACUCCUUCCUUCAACUGUUUACAAUAGAAUGGACGAUAAACAUUUGAGAAUUGGACUAGGAAGAAGAAAUUUUGCUGAGGGUUUAUCAGUUUUGGAAAAUUAUUUAUUAAAGAACAAUACUAAUUAG